UAGCUGAUAUCAACAUAUCACCGCAUACCCACCACGAUACUCACUUUCCUUCCUUUCUUCUCUCCUGAUUUUUGACUGAUUUCGUAUGACUAAUGUUGGUUGUGCUUUCUUAAAUUCUUUGCUUUCUCUCUCACACGGGGUUAACCUCCCUCGUUUCUUGCUCACACCUUCCCUUGCUCAUUUUCCUUUAUAAAAUCCCAAACUCAUUCACACCAACAUACAACUUACAAGUCCCCUCUCUCUCUCUCUCUCUCCCUCCCUCCCUCCUCUCAUGGUUACGGAAUUUUGUUUGAUUUUGACAUUGGUCUGUGAAAAUUAUGAGUUUCAUCGAGGAUUCUUGAAUUUUUUGCGUCUUCCAAGGCAUUUUUUGGGUUAUUCUCAAUAAAGGGGAAUCUGGGUGUUUUGGAGAUAUACGCAUUUAUGUGAAAAUCUGUGUCUGAGGUAGUGCUCAUCUGGGUGUCGGUGAUUCCGGGAAUUUCUUAAAACUGUUUGCGCAUAACUGUUUUUUUUUUUUCAUUCUCCAGCUCCCAUACUAGGAGUUGAAACAAUGGUGGCAGGAAACGAACUUUAUUACCCAAUUCUUGGUUUUGCAUCAUUUGUGGCCUUCAUGUAUAUGUCUUUUGGGGACUUUUUGCUCAAUUAUCAUCAAGAACCAAAGUUUGAUUUUGUUGAGAGGAAUGGGACUCAAUUCAUGUUGGAUGGAAGGGCCUUUUAUAUUAACGGGUGGAACUCUUACUGGUUAAUGGACCAUGCCGUGGAAGAUUAUAGUAGACCAAGAAUCCGGGCGAUAUUGCAAGCCGGUGCAAAAAUGGGUCUCACCGUGUGCAGAACUUGGGCAUUCAACGAUGGUGAUUACAAUGCCCUCCAGAUUUCCCCUGGUCGGUUCAAUGAGCGAGUUUUCCAGGCACUAGAUCAUGUCAUUGCAGAAGCCAGGCAACAUGGAAUAAGGUUGCUUCUUAGCUUAGUGAAUAACUUGCAAGCAUAUGGAGGGAAAACACAGUAUGUCAAGUGGGCAUGGGAAGAAGGCAUAGGUUUAAGCGCCUCAAAUGAUUCCUUCUUUUUUGAUCCAUCCAUUCGCAACUACUUCAAAAAUUACAUCAAGACUAUCCUGACAAGGAGAAACUCCAUUACUGGGAUCGAGUAUAGAAAUGAUCCCACCAUCUUUGCCUGGGAAUUGAUAAAUGAACCCCGUUGCAUGACUGAUACUUCAGGGGAUACUCUCCAAGAUUGGAUAGAAGAAAUGUCAAGUUUUGUGAAAUCAAUUGACAAGAACCAUUUACUGACUGUUGGCUUGGAAGGAUUUUAUGGUCCUAAAACCCCCAAAAGCUUGACCAUGAACCCAGAAGAGUGGGCGUCUAGGCUUGGGUCUGAUUUUAUUCGCAACUCGAAGAUCUCUUACGUUGAUUUUGCCUCCGUUCACAUCUACCCAGACCAUUGGUUUCACGAGCAAGAAUUUGAAGACAAACUCAAAUAUGUGUCCAAGUGGAUGCUUUCACACAUUGAGGAUGGAGACAGAGAACUGAAGAAACCUGUCAUGUUCACUGAAUUUGGGUUAUCAAACCUGAACAAGGACUUCCAAUUAUCUCAGCGAGAUAGGUUUUACAAAACUGUUCUGGAUAUCAUCUAUAAAUGUGCGAAGAGAAAUCGAUCGGGGGCGGGUGCUUUGGCCUGGCAGUUCUUUGUUGGUGGAAUGGAAGAGUAUUAUGAUGAUUUUGCUAUUGUUCCAUGGGCAAGGCCGUCAACAUAUAGGGUGAUAACAGAACAAUCAUGCAGGUUGGCAAGAAUCCAGGGACCAAGUCAAUUGAAGGGAAAUUUAAGAGAAUUGUGUUUAGAGAAAGAAUAGAAUUACGAUUUGCUCAUAAGAAAAUUCGAUUUGUUUGUGGGGGAAUGUGGGUUCUUAUUAUUGCUUGGUUGAUGCCAUAAAAGGAGAGCAGGUAACUGUUUUAUACCCGUUUCUUAUCAUGUCCAUACACAUUUUAUACUUGGUACUAAAAUGAAUUAGAUGAGGAUAGUGUUCUUGGAGCAGAGUUUACCGAAAGUAUUGUAAUAUUUAGUUAAUUUUGAAAGUCGUACUCCAAGAAGAAAGACAUGAAGAGCAGAAACUCUCAGCUUUUCCAAAGCUUUCCACGCUCAUGCAGAGGAUACGCCUCCCACUCCAUUAAUAUUUAGGUCCUGUUUGGUUGUAAGAUUCAGUUGAGAUAAAUUCAGUUCAAUCUAA